GGGUGAUGGCUGCUGGAGGGAGAGACCCUGGUGCUGGCCAUGUGGAGGAAGAAGCCUCGCAGCUUGUCUUUCCCAGAGAGUUUGAAACAGCACAAACUCUCCUCAAUUCAGAAGUCCACAUGCUGCUAGAGCAUCGAAAGCAACAGCAUGAAAGUGGGCAGGAUGCACGAGAACUUCCAGUGGUUUUCUGGAAAACUUUAGAUUAUGCUGCCCGUUUUAGUCGUUUUCAAAACAGGGAAACCAUUGCUGGUGUUCGGGGUUUGUUACUCCAGAAGAAGCUCCACAAGUUUGAGUUGGCUGCUUUAGCAAACCUUUGUCCUGAGACAGCAGAGGAGGCCAAGGCUCUGAUUCCAACCCUAGCCGGUCGAUUGGAAGAUGAAGACUUGCAAGAGGUCCUUGAUGAUAUUCAGACCAAGAGGAGCUUCCAGUAUUAAGAGCAGGAACCCAGCCCUUCAGUGAACACCAAAGAGGAAAUUUCCCAGAAGUCUUCUGCAACUAAGAAGAACUCCAACUCUCUCCAGAGACUAUUCAGAAAUGUCAGUCACAAAAGCUGGUCGAGCCUCCUAGGGACAAGGCCAUGCAGAGUCCCCUUGCAUCCACAUGUCAUGCAAACUCCUGACCAGUUAGGAUUCUUUUUGACCUUUGGAAUGUUUGACCUGUG